AUGAAUCUCGACCUACUGUGCGGCUGCGCCCAACGAUGGAGGGGGUUCAUAAUGGCUGACAAACAGCAGAUCCAGGGGUGGCUCGACAAGCUACGCGCCGGUACGCUAGCGGAAGUAGACCUCCAACAGGCAUUGGAGCGUCUAAGUGAUGGAACUUCGGAGGGCGACUCGCCUAAGCGUCAGCGAUUACUGUAUCUGAACACCGGCAGCACCGGCGUUGACUCGCAAGUCCUUGGAAUGUCGCUGGUAGAGAACGGUCAGAUCCUCGAAGGACCAGACGAUGUGGACGAGUGGCCCUACAACUCCGUACUCGAAGCGAUGAACGAUGGCUGGCGGGUGAUCAAGUUCCCAGAGAUGGCACUGAUGCUCCAAGAAGACAAGACCUUUGGCCUUGGCUGCGAAUUUAUCCUCGAAAAAUUAACCUGA